ACCUUUUGGUAGAAAGUGACUGUGAUUGGUCUAGUGUAAAAUGAGGUAAAUGCAGUAGUUUGGAUAGUUUGGCGCCGGAGCCAACGGUAACAGCUGCGUAACGUCGCCCACCGUUCGAUGUUUUGGCGUCCGUACAGAGGUUACGGCGUCAAACUCAAGCGAUUUUGUUGCCCUGAGUGGUACGGCUAGCAGGUCUUGCCCUGAGCAAGUCUUGGCAAGAGGUACGUUUUCAAAUCUGGGCCGAUGGCGUCCGCAGCUUCAACGACCUUGGAGAAGUUACUGCCGCUCGCGUCUUCCAAGGGUGCUACUGCGAAAGCAGAGUUGGAACAAAAGAUCCAGGAAUUGCCUUCCACUGAGCUAGGGCCACUUUGGAAGGCUGUGUUUGAAGAACUUAAAACUUCCGUUUUUCAGGUUAUCUCUGAAGAACGAUUGGAGGAAGAAUGUCUUCCAUUCCUCACACUGUGUCAUGCGGCCAUGAGGGCAGACACGCUGUGCAAUGCUCUCACCAAUUCCGCCUUUUUUCUAAGUGGUGUGAUACCUCUACUGGAAGACGGACGGCUGCUCGACUCCAUCCAUGGCUUCUGUGUGAUGUGGUGCUCCAAGAAGCUUGAUGGCUGGAAGGAGCUGUGGUUGAACACCUUCAAGAAAUCUGUGCAGCUGUCCCUGAGAAAAUGCUCCAGGUCUAAAGCGACGAAACUCAUCGCAUCUGUCUUGCUGAUGAAAUGUGGCCUGGGCAGCGGUGAAGAUGCACUGGAUGUCGUUGAACUAACUCCCGUAGAGCGCAAGGAGCUCUAUGAGCAGCUGGCCCAAUGUGCUGUAUCGCCAAAUUAUCUCGGUAUUGCCAAGGGAAAGAAGUUUAUUUCCUUUCUCUUGACAGUAGACAGGGGCCUUGCCAAUAGCAUAUACAAGUUGGUGGAUGGUGCCUUGGCAACCAUGGCAAGUUCGCACAUCCAGUUGCUGGCCCAAGCAUACAUCUCCGCAUGGAAAGAAGUGGGCAACACACCACAGGCUACGGUCCUCGAAGAAAACAUGCAAGAGAUAAUGCAUUGGGCAGUGAACGGGAAUCUUUCUGCGGGCCACCAUGAGAACUUGUUUAAGUUUCUGAAAGUUCUGCAUGCGGCUCGAAAGAACAGACCCAUCUGUUUGAUGUUGUGCCGGGCUUACUACCCUAUCCUUUGGCGGGGCCUCCAGGCACGGCAUCCCAAGGUGCGGUACUCUGCAGCCAGGAUCUUUUUCGACACAUUUCCUCUUGUGGAGAACACCCAAGUUGCCUUGCAGCAAGAGGAGUUAACAACACACUUUCAAGUGAUGCAUGACCUUCUAUCUGAUGCACGUCCGGAAAUUCGAACUCUCGCUGUCAGAAAUGUGCUGAGCCUCAUGACAGAUUAUUACAAGAUCUUUCCUGUUCGUCAACGGAAAUCUCUUGCCAAGGUCCUGAUUGAGAAGAAUGCGCAGGACAAAAACUCUCCUGAAUCGAGAAUUCGGGUUAACCAGGGACUUGCUACCAUGGUCAGCAAUCCGGCGACGCACAACUUGCUCAAGACCCUUAUACCCAAGAGGAAAGACAGCCUCAACGAUACUUACGCUGUCCAGGUGUCCUAUGUCUCGCUCCUGUCUGCAGCUCGCGGUAUACCGGGAUUUAAGUUCUGGGAGUACGCCGACCCCAAAGUUCUGCUCUCGCUGCUGGCCAUGGGCAAGCCGCAGCUCUCACUGAAGAUUGCCACGUUGCUGCGGAACAGCUAUUUCAAUCCAGACGCAGCUGACCGCAGGCAGAACCUGGAGCGCUGCUUGCUUCUCUACUCGAUAAAUCCGGCCUCUUUCCAAGUGUUCUACGCCCAGUUGACACAGAUUGCACCACUGAAGCCCAUCAUUGAGUUCCUGAUCACCAUCUGCAGAGUUAUAAUUAAUAAUGUGGGGCUGCUCAAAAAGACGUGUGCAAAGGAAAACCUCCUACCAGACGAAAUCGGCAGCAAUCAGGCAGAUGACUUGGACAUCUACAAGAACGUGAAAACCGUGGAUCAGAAGUCCGUUCACAUACUUGUUGAGGCACUGGCGAUCAUCUACAGCAGCCUGUCAAUGAAAAAUGAGCUGAUGUCUGGUGAACUCAAACCUCGUUGGAAGUAUCUCGUGGCUGUGAUGAGGACAGCCAUGAAUGAGUUGUUCCUGACCACUGAUAAGGCAUUAUCGCAAAGAUCCAUCAACGUUGAACGACAAUCAUCCUUGACGCAGAGCAGUGCUAUGAAUGGCGCCAAUACUGAGCAUGGCUCUCUCAGCUUGCAGAUUUCAGUGCUGAGUGCUGCCUCCCUUCUACCUCGUGAUGACUGCAUCAAUUUGUCCCUGCGGUGCUUCUCCAUGCUCCGAAGCUUCCUGACUGUGCCGAACACGGGUGCACAGUUGGUCCUGUCUGAGGAAGCCAAACAAUGUGUGCUCUUUUUGUGCAACAUGCACCGUGCAGCUGACGUCUUGGGACUAAUUGUUGAAUCUGUGGAAGAGCUGCAGAACAAGCAGACACCAGCCAAGCGGCGAAAAGUGCGUUUCUGUGUGGAACGGCGACCCUGCAAUCCUGAGCUAGGGCUGCAAGUGCUCCGGCAACUAUUGGAGUCUCCCCAUCUGCAGAGUACAUUGCUAAAGCGUCACACAGUGCCCCUGUUCGACACGUGGAACGUUCUGUUGCGUAUUGCUGACUCGUUAAAAGACUUGCUCUCCAUCUCUAAAAGCAGAAUUGUGGCUCAAGACGAGAUGCUGAAGGCCUUUGACUUGUUCCUCCUGCUCACAUACCUCCUUCAUGACCAAAAACACCCCGUGACCAAGGAGAAGUUCACGGCCACGGCUACGUUUGAGCGCCAGAUGGAGUGGAUACAGGAGCGUCUGUUGCCAGCGGUGCCAAGUCAAAAAGGGAGACCUCGGGAGAUGUGUGUCGAGGUGAUCAAGAUUUUCCUGAAGGUGGCUCGGGCAGUAUUCAUGGCAAAGUGGGCCACUUUUAACUUUGCGGAGAAAGUGCUGGCGUUCUUGGCCCUGUGCUUGAAGAUGGAAGUGGACAGCCUCAAGGAGCACAUUGACCGAAUACCUCCAGUCAUGAAGAGGUUCAUGCGGGUCUUUGUCGAAAAUGAGCAGCAGGCUUCCACCAUCGCUGCCCUUUUGGAAAAGUUCGACUGUGGAGACGUCAGUCAGAAAAGCUCCGGCCUGAGGUCGUGCACGAGUUCACAGGCGGUUUCUGAAGCAAGUGCCCCCACUGGUGACGAACCCAUGGUCACUUCGGAUGUGGACGUCUGACCCUCCAAAUUGCCACCCUUUUUUUUUUUAAUUCACUUUUUUUCCCUCGAGUUUACUUUCUUGCACUUGUACAUACUCAUUCAAAACAGGGAUAUUUCACAAAGUGCUUUUAGUGCACAAAGAUCUUAAAGAUUUCAUCACUUUUAGCCUGUCAGAGAUUUCAUUCUAAAAUGCAGAUUUAUGCAUGGAAUCGGGCUAUUGAGCGCAUUCCUUUUUUUUUUUUUUUUUCACUUUGAAUGCAUGAGAAAAAGUGCUUGCAUAGAAAGCUUCAGACAAACGCAAACACUGGCUUUUAAUUUCCUCUAAAUAUAAAUUUAGAUAGAGAACUCAAUUUGUGUUGUGUUUUGCAUUUGUUUUGCGCUACAAGUAAAUUAAUCGACUUGACCCUUUUGAUGGGAAGCAGGUACCACUAAAAGGAACAGUAUUUACAUUGCCAGCAGCCCUCGGGCUGUCUGUGGCUGUGCCUUGAUAACGGCUCGUAAUUUCACAUACCUCUGUGGUAACUUAUGGCAACGUGCCAGCUUGGUAUGCUUGCAUUGUGAUGUAUUAAACUUAACAAUUUCUAUAUUAUACAUUGUCCUACUUGAAUCACAGGUUGGCACAUGUGCUACAACUUUAUUUUCAAAUCGCUAUCUCUUGUGGGCUUACAAUGUAUAGACAAUCCAAGUAUUCAUCUGUAAAUAAAUGGUUUUGACAUCUUGACGGACCAAAACUGUGUCCAA